AUGGACGGCGACUACGAUAGCGCGCUUGACGCUGGCGUCUAUGGCAACGGUAUCGGCAGCGCAGCCGACAACGUGACGGGGGCGUGGUUGCAGCGUGCGUGCGAGGAGUGGAUCGCCGCCAAACACGUACUCUUCCACGUCGCUAACGUCUGCUUCUCGGUCGCCUUCGUCUCUCCGAACAUCUUCCGCUAUCACGUGCUCUUCAUGCGCGCUCUCGUCUGCUCUGGAUUCUUCCUGUUGCUUCUGUGGACGAGCAUCUACGCGUGCCACGCCGACAUGCUCACCUGGAACUGCCUCUUCCUGCUCAUCAGCCUAGUCCACCUGGGAUCGCUCCUCUGGGAGCUACAUCCGGCGAAGUUUAGUAGGGAUUUGGAUGAGAUAUACAGGAGACAUUUUAAGCCUCUGCGAGUGUCUAGUGGGCUGUUUAAGGAGCUGGCGAAGAUAGGGGAGAUGCGGACACUGUCGGUGCAAGACGACUAUGCAAAGGAAGAUGUUACGGUGGCCGGAGAGAGGCUGUCUGUUCUCAUAAGCGGCAGGUAG